GCCGAAAACAUUGGUGGCCUUUCGUCCGUCUGAACCGCCAGCGAGCGAUUAGUUUCUGUUUGGGUUUUGUGUCGUUCAGCAUACUCAACAUGUCUGAUACCCCUCCUGAACCCGUGGAGAAUCCAAAAGGCGGCUGGCUUCCAGCUAAGUCAUGGCAGCAUUUCGUUGCUGGUGGUCUUGGAGGCAUGUGUGGUGCUAUUGUGACGAGUCCAUUUGAUGUCGUCAAAACGCGCUUGCAAUCAGAUCUUUUCAGAGAAAAACACGCAGGAGUUCAUAUUGCGGGAAAUGGCUCCGUGGUCAUUCGACAACGACCGAGCAAUAUUCUCUAUCAUUUUGUGGAGACAGGGCAUAUUCUUCGUGACAUAUACCGAGAAGAAUCACCUCGAGCUUUGUUCAAAGGUCUAGGACCAACACUCGUCGGCGUCAUCCCUGCACGAUCAAUAAACUUCUUCGCCUACGGGAACGGCAAGCAAAUAAUUGCCAACCGCUUCAACAACGGACGCGAAAACUCCUGGGUCCAUCUAACAGCUGCAGCAUGUGCGGGUAUCGUCACUGGUACCGCCACAAAUCCAAUAUGGGUAGUCAAAACACGACUGCAGUUAGAAGCUCACGAUCGCGGUGCUGCUACGUCGAAUGCAAAAUUUGGAGGGAGCUGGAAUAUGAUCAAGAGGAUAUUUAGAGAAGAAGGCGUGAAGGGAUUUUAUAAAGGUUUGAGCGCGAGUUAUCUGGGUGUCACGGAGGGAACGAUUCAAUGGACGCUUUAUGAACGGUUGAAAAAGCUUACGGCGAGUACGGAGGGUAAAGGCGGCGCUAUGGAAUGGUUGGGUUUGCUUGGAAGUGCGGGUACAGCGAAAUGUGUUGCCAGCCUGAUCACAUAUCCUCAUGAAGUCAUCCGAACACGACUACGACAGCCACUGGUGAACGGCGAAAUGAAGUACAAAGGACUUAUCCACACACUUCGGUUGGUCAUCGCCGAAGAAGGUGCCAGGUCGCUAUACGGAGGUCUCAGCGCACAUCUCAUGCGUGUCAUCCCCAACGCCGCCGUCAUGUUCUUCAUCUACGAAGCUAUCCUCCGGAUAUGAUCAAAUGAUCCUUCGCCUCACGCACAAAACACCCAACAGGUGCAUUCCAGUUUACUUCUGCUAUCACAUCGCUCUCAGUGCUUUAGAGUUUCGGUUCUGGAGGGGUGGUGCCUUUUUUGCUUUGCUUUGCUCAGUUCACAUGUACAGUCCACAUGUGUGUCGUCAUAUGUGUAUAUCCUAUAAUCUUUACAUCCUCAUGCACUAGAUAUAAUCGCACCUUACGACCUUACGUAUCAUCCAUCCACCAUUCAUCUUGUACUUACUACCCAUCGAAAAGUAUAUAGAAUAUCAUACACACGGACUCGUAUUACUCACUGCUGGGUUUUUGUCGUCGGGUUUUCGAUCUAAAAGAAUGCAAUGCCAUUUAUAAUUC